UCAUUACGUUACCUUUUGCCUUCCUCAAUUUGGUGUUGAAUUCUCUCUACAAUUAAUUAUUCAAUAAAACAAGGAUUUAAUUGUUUCCUCAGUUUAUUUUCUUUAAUCUUGGUUCAGCUCUGUUUGGGUUCAGAGAAAAUAGGAUUGUUUGAUUCUUGAUAGAACCAGAACAAUGGGACUUGUGAGUAGUUUAUUCGGAAUUAUUGGAUUCGGAAUUGGAAUCCUACUUGGUCUUUUUCUGGGUUUUCUCAUAUUUAUAUACUUCGAGCCCAGAGAUGUAAAGGAUCCAAUUAUUAGGCCACUUCAAGAGUUUGAUUCAAGCUCCUUGCUUGAUCUUUUGCCUGAGAUUCCAUUGUGGGUGAAGAGUCCAGACUAUGACCGAGUCAAUUGGUUGAACCGCUUUAUUCAUGAUAUGUGGCCUUACCUUGAUAAGGCGAUAUGCAGUCAAAUAAGAAGCAGAACAAAGCCUAUAUUUGCGGACUAUGUAGGCAAGUUUCAGAUACAAUCAAUAGAUUUCGAGAGCCUGACUCUCGGAAAUCUUCCUCCUACGAUUAAUGGUAUUAAAGUACAUGAAUCGAACGAGAAGGAACUAGUUUUUGAGACCACAGUUAGAUGGGCUGGAAAUCCCAACACAAUAUUGGUGCUAGAAUUGUUGUCUCUACGAAUCUCAAUACAGUUGAUAGAUUUACAAAUAUUUGCUACCUCGCGGAUAAUUUUGAAACCUUGUGUGCCAACCUUCCCUUGUUUUGCGAGCAUCGUAGUAUCAUUGAUUGACAAGCCACAUGUAGACUUCGGGUUGAAAGUACUGGGAGGGGAUGUUAUGGCCAUCCCAGGUUUGUAUCAAUUUGUUCAGGAAACUAUCAGAAAACAGGUGGCCAGCCUCUAUCUCUGGCCAAGAACUCUUGAAAUUCCUAUCCUUGACAGUUCAGUCGGAGCUGUGAAGAAGCCAGUUGGUAUCUUGCAUGUCAAAGUUCUGCGGGCAUGCAGACUCUUGAAGAUGGACUUGUUUGGAACAUCAGAUCCUUAUGUUAAACUCAGCCUAAGCGGGGAGAGGCUUCCGGCAAAAAAGAGUUCUGUCAAAAUGAACAAUCUGAACCCUGAGUGGAACGAGGACUUCAAGCUUACCGUAAAGGACCCUGAGUCUCAAGUCCUUGAAGUAAAGGCCUAUGAUUGGGAGAAGGUUGGGGCACAUGACAAAUUGGGAAUGCAAGUAGUCCCACUGAAAUUGCUCACCCCGCACGAGACUAAGGAACUCACGCUUGAUUUGCUUAAGAACACAAAUCCAAAUGACCCUCAAAACAAGAAGCCUAGAGGGCAAAUUAUGGUGGAGAUGACAUUUGUUCCAUUCAAAGAGGACAGUGAAAGAUUUAGUGGACUUAUUCAUCGACAUGUAAAGAAUCAAAGUGUUCGAAAAGUAUCUGAAGAAUUGUCCUUGAGCGGAGCCGGUUUACUUAUGGUUACAGUCGUAGGUGCCGAGGAUGUUGAGGGGAAGCAUCACAACAACCCCUAUGCUUUUAUCCUUUUUAGAGGAGAAAAGAAGAAAACCAAGCUGAUCAAGAAAUGUCGGGACCCAAGUUGGAACGAAGAAUUCCAAUUUAUGUUAGAGGAGGCUCCUUUGAAAGACAAAAUUCACAUUGAAGUCAUGAGUAAAAGGAGAGGAUUUGGAUUCCGAUCAAAGGAAUAUUCACUGGGGCACGUAGACAUCAAUCUUAUCGACGUAGUCCAUAACGGGCAUAUUAAUGAAAAACAUCAUCUGAUAAAUUCAAGAAAUGGUGUAAUACAUGUUGAGAUGCGGUGGAAGAAGAGUAUCAAAUGGUGAUUGGGAGUGACCAGUUUUUAGCUUCGUCCCAUCUAUUUGGAAUUGUGACAUUUAGAUAUUGUGAUUGAAGUCAUAAUAUUUGUAAAAUAUAUAUAUUUUUUGGUUUUUACCAUUCGAAAAGGGUUGUAGCCACUGGAUUUGGCUUUUACACAGUAAUUUUUCAGUAAGAUCUAUCACGUUGUAAUAGAAUCAAAUAGAAAGGAUACUAUACAUGCAUCGGCUCAUUCAA